GUUAAAAAGCCUCAUAGAGGCCUCAACCUCAUACACACCAAACUCAACUUUCUUACGCCCAACUCUUUGCGCUGCCGCCACACCGCCUUUCUUUCACUCAGUCACCCCGCACGCGACUCGGCGAGCGCACGCGCCAUGCCCCAGUGACAGUGACAGUUGAGUUGACAUUUGACAGUGCCACCAUGAAGCUAAUACUUGUUAUGUUGGCCGUCAGCGCUGUGCUUGCGCGGGCGCAGGAGGAUUCUUUCGCGAGCUCCUUUCUUUCCGGUCUACUGGACACAUUGGACACACAAGUUGACGCCAAGAACUGCCCCGGCGUCUGCAUGCACGCCAUCGCGUCGCUCAUCUGCUCCAACGUGCUCGACGAGGUCGAGUGCCCCAACCCCUCCAUGAAGUGCUGCGUCGACGAGCCGCUAGUGCUGCGUCGACGAGCCGCUAGGUCAGUACCUCAUGUUUAUGGUCUCUUGGACGACCCAUGGUCUCUGGACACACUGGACAAGAACUGCCCCGGCGUGUGCAUGCACGCCAUCGCGUCGCUCAUCUGCUCCAACGUGCUCGACGAGGUCGAGUGCCCCAACCCCUCCAUGAAGUGCUGCGUCGACGAGCCGCUAGGCAACGACACGCUGUCGACGACGCGGCGGCCGUUUACGACGCGCUACACGACGACCGACGACGACGAGGAGGAGCCCACCACGCCCGCGCCAGACAGAUACAAAGACAGUGGUAACAUCGCGUGCCCCGGCACGUGCGUGGAAAACCGUCUUACACAAUACUGCGAGGCGUAUCUAACGUCACGGGACCUCUGCGUGUCCGGACGGUUGUGCUGCGUAGCCAAAGAUGGCUACGGGGACCGGCGGCCGUCGGACCUGGUGGUUCCUAGCGAGAAUAAGAAGCACACUAAGAGGCCUAGCACUGCUCUGACCACAACAACAGCACCGUCAAAAUACAAGGGCCCCACCCGCAAAUGCCGCGGAGACUGCAUCAGCGGACUGUUCGCUCUGCUCUGCGACCACGUGGACGAGGACGCGUAUUGUCCCGGGGAAGGGACGUGCUGCGCCACUGAACCCAAGGGAGAGCAGACUACGACCAGGCGACCGCCUACUACGCCAAGACCUACGACGCCGGCACCGCUGCCUCGCUGCCCGGGCUACUGUCUCCUCAACAUCAUGGCGGCGUUCUGUGAGCGGCCCGCCGUGCUCGUGUCGCACACGCAGUGCAAGACUAGCGGCUCCGUGUGCUGCGACAACAGCAGGCCCACAACAACGACACCAAGCACAACGCCGGCGCCGGCCGACCCGCGCCCUGACUGCCCGGGCUCUUGCAUCGUCUCACUUCUUUCCUUCACGUGCUUCCGCAACGCAGAAAUGACGGACGUGUUCAAGUGCAAGAAGGCAGGCACGCAAUGCUGCGCGCCCAAGUCUAAAGUGCUGGAGGUGACCGGUGUGCAGAGGAACGACACCUACCCCCUCGCGACUCCGCAAUACGAGCCCUACACCACCACGCCGCAUCCCACGCCCAUGAGUAAUGACCAACAAUGCUGCGCGCCCAAGUCUAAAGUGCUGGAGGUGACCGGUGUGCAGAGGAACAACACUUACCCCCUCGCGACUCCGCAGUACAAGCCCUACACCACCACGCCGCAUCCCACGCCCAUGACUGUCCCUUAUGAACCAACCUACGGCUCAACGAUAAGAGUACCGGAAAAAUACAACAAAUACGUUUGUGGAGUGAAAGGGAGUUCGUCCCGCAGCUCCCGGCGGCUCGGUCGCGUGAUGGGCGGCGAGGACGGCGAGCGCGGCGAGUGGUGCUGGCAGGUGGCGCUCAUCAACUCCCUCAACCAGUACCUGUGCGGCGCCGCGCUCAUCGGCACGCAGUGGGUGCUCACCGCGGCGCACUGUGUCACCAACAUCGUCCGCUCCGGCGACGCCAUCUACGUGCGCGUGGGAGACCACGACCUCACCCGCAAAUACGGGUCGCCCGGCGCUCAGACAUUACGCGUGGCCACCACCUACAUCCACCACAACCACAACAGCCAGACGCUGGAUAAUGAUAUAGCACUGCUCAAGCUACAUGGGAAGGCGGAGCUAAAAGAAGGAGUGUGCCUGGUGUGCCUGCCGGCGCGGGGAGUGAGCCACGCGGCGGGCAAGAGGUGCACCGUCACCGGCUACGGGUACAUGGGCGAGACUGGGCCUAUCCCACUGCGAGUGCGAGAGGCCGAGCUGCCGAUAGUCAGCGACGCAGAGUGCAUCCGGAAAGUCAACGCCGUAACUGAAAAGAUUUUCAUCCUGCCUGCCAGCUCGUUCUGCGCGGGCGGUGAGGAGGGCAACGAUGCCUGUCAGGGCGACGGCGGCGGGCCGCUGGUGUGCCAGGACGACGGGUUCUACGAGCUGGCGGGGCUGGUGUCGUGGGGCUUCGGCUGCGGCCGCCAGGACGUGCCCGGCGUCUACGUCAAGGUGUCUGCGUUCAUCGGCUGGAUCAACCAGAUCAUCUCCGUCAACAACCUAUAGUAUUAGACGUUACUAGAACUCUUCAAAAGUCCGGGGUUUUUUUACGUUCACAUUGGACUCACAGGCGGAUCACCGCGAGCCAUCAAUACGCGUCCAAUAUAUGAAUAGUGUUCACAGUUCACACUAAAGUCAGGUUCAGGUACUGGAGCCAG